AUGACGGCCGCAACGAGAGUGUCGGACCUCCCUGAGGACUGUCUUGCGUGCGUCCUCUCCUUCCUGCCUCCCGCUGACAUCGCCCGCUCUGCCUCGGUCUGCUCGGCUUGGCGCGCUGCUGCCGCGUCCCCGGUGGCGUGGCAGCGCGUGCUGCCGGACCUCUGCCGCCACGCCUGCUUCACCGCGCUGCCGCUCGCCUCCCGCGACCCGCACCCGCGCGCGUGGUGCCGCGAGCUGUGCCGCGGAGUGCUGCUGGACGGCGGGAAGUUCCACGCGCGCAUGGACCCCAGAACCACUAAGCUCACUGUCAGCGUGAGUAUAGCGAAGGCGUGCGGAGUUACGUGGAUGGGCGACCCUCGCUACUGGCACAUGGAGACGCGUGGCAACACCACUGGCGCGGUGUUUCCCGACGUGCCGCAUCUGCUCACGGUGUGCUGGUUCGAUGUCAACGGUCACGUGGCGCUGCCGUUCCCCCUGCGCUGCGGGGUGUACGACGUGGCUUGGCGCGUCUCCCGCGACCCGACGCACGAAGAGUACGCACGCGCAGCAGGCGAGCAGCAGAGGCGUGGGGGGCCGUUGGAUGAAGGUGGGGAUGAGAGCGAUGAUGACUAUGACGACGAGGAGGACGAGGAGGAGGAGAACGAGCGGGAACAGGAGGACGAUGGAGAGAUGGAGUUGGAGGUUGAGACGGGAGGAGGGGUGCAUGACAGAGAGCAGCCAGCACGUAGGAGGGUAAACCCGUUUCACCACAUGUUCGGGAUGAUUCGACCGCUGAUAUUUCGAGAGCAUGGCGUGCAUUCACGGCGCGCUGAGAAUCAGGGCCAUCACAGCAGCGAGCAGCAGCAGCAGCCGCAGGACUGGGAGCGGAGGAGGGAGGCUUGGAGGCGAGUGGAGAACCGGUGCUGGUUCAAGUGGGUGCAGACCCCUGCGUUGAGCAACGUGAGGGAGGAGGGGAGUGCUGGGGGAGGGGGAGGCGAGCAGAGGCAGCUGCGAAUCUCCACUGCCACCAUUGCGCUUCUGCCUGACUGGACCACCUUGCAUGCAGGCCGUGUGACUAUCAGGGGGGCAACGGCAGGGGAGACGGCAGUGGCUCCCACGCUGAGUAUGCGCCUGUGGGAGACGGAGAGUGGGUGGUGGAAGGAUGGGCUCUACUUGGAUGCGCUGCAGCUCACAGAGCAGUGA